CAGCUGUGUUCUGUUUUCAUUCGUCACGGUUGCAUUCAGUAAAUAAUAACAAAAUUUAUUAAAUCACUUUUCGAAUAAAUUUUGUUUGCGGAAAUUCUACAGCGCUUAUCUCUACUUACAUUGUGGCGCCAAAUCUAAUCAGCUGUUUAUAAAAGGAUUUAAAAACUAAAUUUUAACUAUAAUAAUAUGAAUGUUAAAAUUAAAAAAAUGAGAAUCCCAAUUGAACUUAAACAAUUGCUGAAGAAUCAGGCUGAUCAUGGUAUUUCUUGUGCGCCGGAAUCAAAUGAGGACGAUUACUCAAACUUAUUGGCGAGAGUUCCAGGACCAGCAGGUUCACCAUACGAAGGCGGCGUAUUCCAAAUUAAGAUAAGUUUUGGCACCCAAUAUCCUUUCCAACCACCAACUUUCAAGUUCUCUACGCCCAUUUAUCAUCCAAACAUAGACAACUCGGGCAAGAUUUGUUUGGAUUUGUUACGUAUGCCCCCAGCCGGUUCUUACAAUCCUGCUAUUACACUAGAGUCAAUGCUACUCUCCAUUCAAUUACUAUUAGCUUCUCCUAACCCAGACGAUCCGUUGAAUAGCGAAGCAGCGCAACUCUACAAAACUAAUCAUGAGCAAUUUAUUAUUAAAACACGAGAAUUAGUGCAAAAAGAUUGUACAAACUACAAAAAUGGCAUAUAAAAGGUCCAGCCACAAAGCGAUUUAAAUAAAUCACCGAUAUCACCCAGAAAAAAAAAACAGUUCAAUUCAGCUGUCGUGCAGAUAUACAAUUCUAUUUUAAUGUCUUCAUUUCCAAGUUGGUCAUCACCGUUACAAUUAUUUAUUAUUUAAUCAAUACAUUUCAUUUUAUUUCAAUUAAUUUUAUGUUGACAAUUAUUUAUUUAUUUAGCAAUUUAAUUUAUAAUGGGCAUCAUGAAUUAUUUAACUGUGUAUUCCACUUAGACGCUAGGUGCGCUUGUUUUGCGUGUCCUAUAAAUGAACAUCACAUCUAAAAUGUAAAAUCCACGAAAAGGAAAUCAAAUAUGAAACUAAACAAAUAAAUAACAAAUAGACAUGUUGAUUUUAAACUA